UUCGGUGCACCAGUACAGUACAGUGGGAGGGACUACAUCCAUCCAAGACACACUGGGAGGUGCAGAGAAAGAGAGAGAGAGAGAGAGAGAGAGAGAGAGAGAGAUGAAAAAGCGGAACUUAUUCAGUCUCUCUCUGUCCCAUGAGUUCAGUGUGUAUCUGCCGAGACGUAACCGGCACCGGCAGCUUUGAACUCCGUAACCGCUAAAUAGUUUACUAACCAGGAGCCUGAAUCCGUAGAAGAAGAAGAAGAAGAAGAAGAAGAUGACGAAUUUUACUUUUCUGACUUACUUUUAAGAAGUUUCCGUCGCUCAUAUUGCUUCUCUCCUACGGAGCCAGUGAACGAUUUCCAAACCGUCUGCAAGAAAAAGGGACAGACAGAGAAGCACGUUUUAGGUCAGUGCAGCAUCAUGGGUCUUCCCAGACACCCCUGCCUUCUGUGUUGCCAAGUGAUGGUAUCAAGAGGUCACGAUCUCCUUUUCUUGUGUGGGAAUUCCUUAUUACCGUGAGUUAGACAUGAACAAAAGCAUGGAUUCAAAUGAAUCAUGUAGCAAUACCACCUGCAAUGACACCCUCAUUGUGAAUGGGGAUGGCAAGCCAGUAACAAGCAUCCUCAUGUUUUUGGCUGCCGUGGUGGGAAACCUUCUGGCUCUCUUCAUCCUCGGCGUGCACCAGAAGGAGCAUCGCUCCAGGUCUUCUGUCUUCUGUAUCCUGGUGACCGGCCUGGCCCUCACCGACCUGCUGGGCACCUGCCUCCUCAGCCCACCUGUGUUCAUCUGCUACGCCCGCAACAUGUCCCUGAUCAGUAUGGGAGGCGCGGACCUGUGCAAGAUCUUUGCUUUCGCCAUGAGUUUCUUCGGCCUGGCCCCCACGCUCAUCCUGUGCGCCAUGGCUGUGGAGCGCUGCCUGGCCAUCAGCCACCCUUACUUUUACUCCGUACACAUCCGGCGCAGCUUUGCCAAAUUCACUCUCUUCUUUAUUUAUGUCUUUUCUUUGGCCUUCUGCCUCCUGCCAUACGGUGGCUACGGCAAAUUCAGACAGUACUGCCCUGGGACGUGGUGCUUUAUCGACAUGGACGCGACAGGGGACGACCAGGCCAGCUUGGUGCUGGCCUUCUCUCUGUCCUAUUCGUCCCUUAUGGCACUGCUGAUCUUCGCAGUGUUUGUGUGCAACGGUUCAGUGAUUGUCAGCCUGUGCCAAAUGCACCGGAGCCAGAUGAUGCGGCGCAGCUCGGUCGGGUCGACGGGGAGGAGAAGGAAGCUGAGCCUGGCCUGGUUCGCACAGGGGGAAGAGGAGGUGGACCACCUGGUGCUGCUGGCUCUCAUCACCGUCAUCUUUGUGGUCUGCUCCCUGCCACUCACUAUCGCAGGCUUUAUCAACGCCAUUCACCCAUUUUGUGGCGACGCGGAGAACCUGACAGCCUUCCGCUUCUACGCCCUCAACCCCAUCGUGGAUCCCUGGGUCUUCAUCAUCUGCCGCAAGUCUGUGUUUCAACACCUUUGCUCUCUGCUGAGCUGCCGCUUUGGCAGAAAAGCUGUGAAGACGACAGCGCACUGUGCUCUGUCUUUACCCCUUGACGCUCACACUCCACACAGCCCCCAAGACGGGACAGUUCCACAGAGCAACAUGUUCUCCAGUUUACCUCUGUGACCCGACAGAAGCCCUCGGGCAGCGCGGGGUGGCUGCAGGCUCGGAGGCCUUGAUGCCUGAUAAAACAUUGGAGCAAAUUUGUGAAAUGAAACAUUAACAUUUGCACACAGGACUCGCCAUUUUAAGGCACAAAGACUUUGACAACGAAGUAUUCGUCACAAUGGAAAUCUUUCCCCAUGAACAAACUAUUGCACUGGGUUUUAAACUUCCAUUGACUAAUGAAAACUCUUCCCAAGUUUCAUGGAGAAUUGUGCCAUGAACAAACAGCACUGUAACUUAGCACUAAGAAACACAUGAAACCAUAUCAUGCCUAUGAAAAAUCUGAAUAUAUGCACUCGGGUAAAAGCUAUAUGGGUAAACAAUAUGCAUUAAUGUAUGCUGUCUUCUUUUUUCUCUCAGCCUUUUCUUUAAGACUACUAGGUUGUCCACAUCUACUGAUCCAUGACAUGAGAUGCAGGUCACACUCAACAUGAAGAUGACGAUUUAUUUAAAAUAAUAGUAUUAUGUAGUCAGUGACAGGUGAGUGUGAUGUAACUUGGUUUCCCAGACAAGGUGAAGUAUAAAUAGAAACCAUUAGCAGGCUAGCAGUAGCCCCAAUCCAGAGUAGUUAACUAGAGACCCUUCCCUAUCUCUACCCCCCUACUUCGAACUCGGCCUUCAUUUUGAUCUCAACUAGACACCUGUAAAGUUUUGUGACUGCAUCUUGCACGACAGCAUGCCAACAUGCUGAUGCUUAGCAGGUACAAUGUUCCCCAAUCUUAGUUUAGCAUGUUUCCUUGCUAACAUUUUCUAAUCAGCACUAGACACAGAGUACAGCGGAGAUUGAUGUCAUCAGUUUUGAAGAUAUUUUGUCAUAAACCAAAGUACUGAACAAACGUUUUGACCCGAUGAUGGCACUAAAUGAAAACUGCCAAAUUCACCAAAGUUAUCAUAAUUCAUCAUUUUAGCACCAUAGAGAAUUGUGCCAAAUAUAUGGCAAUCCAAGCAUUUCAACCUCAGGGUGGCGUUCAACAAAAAGUCAGGGGAUCACCAAGAGUCAUCAGGCUUCAUUUUCUAAGGAAACAUGAACAUCUGUACAAGGUUUUAUGGCCAUCCAUCCAAUAGUUGUUGAGAUAAUUUAGUUUGCACCAAAGUGGCGGGCCAACAGACAGCUCCAGAGCGAUGCCGCUAGCAUGGCUAAAAAGUGGUUUUCUAAAAGACAAAUCUUGAAUUUGGAUAAACGACUUACUUACUAUAGAGUGCGAGUACAAGGUUGACUUCAAUCUUCUUUAAUCAGAACGGUUAAUCUAAGAUGUAGGACUAUUCCAGAGCUGAGAUCAUCAGGUUUAAAAAAUUACUUUAUUCUCAAGCGAAUAUUUUCUAUUCCUGUCCAGCUGAUAAUGUUAUUGUAUUGCAUGCACAUUGGCUUCCACCCUUCCUUCUACUUCUCACUGAUUUCUAAACUACCUAUGAUGAUUGCCUGUGAAUGUUAAACUCUGCUGCUGCAAAAUGCACUGUGAGAAUUAGUUUGUUGUUGUUGUUGUUGUUGUUGUUGUGACUUGUAAUACCGUUACUGCAUUUAAAUGUAGCGUAUUUAUGCCCUUUCACUGUGCUAUAAUGUUGUGUAUCCUUACAGUUGUGCUGGUUUGGUUUAUGCAAUGGACUGCAGAGAUACAGGGAUAACAGACGUAGGGAUUUGAGUUCAGUUUAUAUAUAUAUAUAUAUAUAUAUAUAUAUUUUAUUUUAAUUUUAUUUUUUGCCUGUGUUGCUUUUUGCUUUAUAGUUUUUACUCAGUCUUGCAUGACCCGAGGUAAGUCAGACACAAUGGCACUUUGGUCUUUGAGGGUAUUUAAAUUGAAAGAAUACAUUUUUAGAUAAUAAAGUUGUAUUCAUUAUAUGGUACACAUUUUGUUCAUGUGAAAUAAAAUAUUAAUGUAAGAAAAAAACAUCUCACAACGUAUGUCUGUGUAUGUUUCCAAAGAGUAAUGUUUAUGCUGAAUUCUUUCAUAAGUAUCAGUCAUACGUAUUAAAAACACACACUGCUCUCAGCCCUUGUAUAGUUCUUGAGUGUCAUUAGACCCGAGCAUGUUUGCUGUACAUUUACAGAAUAUGAAAUGAGAGAAGUGAUGAGAUAAACAGAAGAUGAUUGUGUUUAUGUUUAGACAAUCAUUUAUUUUUGUCUUGUUAAAACCCCUAACAUCAAUCUUGACUACUGAGUAACAUUUUAUUUGACAUGCAGUGUUCCGUUUUAUAAGACUGUAGCCAUUUGGAAAUGUGAAAAGCUUUUACUGUUUAAAACAGAUGAAAAGAAUGAUUACGUUACAUGACAACCGUAAUAUGCUCCUGUACAGUAAUUGAUUGUUAACUUUGGAAAUUACGUUUUCCCCAUAAAUGUUAUUGUGACAUUCCGA